CGGUAUAUAUACGGGCUCCGUGCCCGCAAGCGCCGCAAUUAGCGCAGUGAGUGGCUGGGUACGCGAGCGGUUCAACUGAGUGGAGUGGUCGGGGGUCUGUUACCGGAGGGUUUCAUGCGGGUGUCAGUCUCGGUUCGCGACCGCGCUCGGCUCAUUCAUUCGUCUCGUUAAACUCGCCUCCUGAGCGACAGCGACCCUUGCCGCAGGGCUCCGCUUGCGGUCUCGCGUUACCGCAUCGGCCACCGAGUGUGCGACACUUGCGAUCCCGGCGCGCUUUAGCGGACCGACUGCGCGAACGCGUCAGACGAUGAAUCGCGUCGUCUUGCAGAGAGCGGCCGCCCAGCUGCCCCGGGGCUGCCCCUUCGCGCCCCAGGGCGGCGGCAGCAGCAGCCGGGCGGCGCAGGCGGUGGCUCCUGUCGCCGUGGAAGCGCCGGCGAGCCUGGCCCGGGAGACGUGGCCCCGCGCCACCGCCGCGGGGGGGGCAGCGAGCGGGCUCCGGUCGAUGAGCGAGAUGCCCAGCCCGCCCAGCCUGCCCGUCGUGGGCAGCCUCUUCGAGGUGCUGCGGAAAGGCGGCAUCUCCAAGCAGUACCAAGUGCUGACCGAGUACCACCAGCGGCUGGGCAGCAUCUACCGCAUGCGCCUCGGCUCGUUCGAGAGCGUCCACGUGGGCGCGCCGCACCUCGUCGAGUCGCUGUUCCGCCGCGAGGCCGCGUGCCCGCACCGCCUCGACAUCAAGCCGUGGAAGGCCUACCGCGACCUGCGCGGCGAGGCCUACGGACUGCUCAUCCUGGACAACAAGCCGUGGCAGAAGAUGAGGAGGGCGUUCCAAAAGAAGCUCAUGCUGCCAGAAGAGGUGGCUAAAUACGAUGGCAAGAUUAACGAGGUGCUCUCAGAUUUCGUGGUUCACUUGGACGCGACUCGCGACGCUCAGGGCGGCAUCCGGGACCUGUGCCUGGAGCUGCACAAGUGGUCGUUCGAAACCAUCUCCUACAUCCUCUACGGGAAACGUUUCGGCCUCCUGUCCCAGGACAUGGGCGAGGAAGGGCAGAUCUUCAUCACCUCCAUCAAGCAGAUGAUGGCCACGUUCGGCACGAUGCUCGUCACUCCCGUGGGGCUGCACCGCAGCCUCAACACGCGCACGUGGCGCGUCCACACCGAGGCGUGGGACAACAUCUUCCGCAUCGCCAAGCAGUGCGCGCUGACGCGGCUGGGCAACGCGCAGUGCCCGGGCCAGGACCUCGUCUCGCAGGUGGCACAGGGAGGGGUCCUCUCACCCAAGGAGCUCUACGCCGGCGUCGCCGAGAUGCAGAUCGGGGGGGUGGAGACGACCGCCGUGACCCUCAUGUGGGCCAUCUUCCACCUGUCCCGCAGCCCGCGAGCCCAGCAGCGGCUGCGGGGCGAGAUGGAGGCGCUGCUCCCGCCGGGGCGAGCGCCCAGCGCCGCCGAGAUGCCCUCCCUGCGCUACCUGCGCGCCUGCCUCAAGGAAUCCAUGAGGCUGAGCCCCACGAUCCCCUUCACGAGCCGCACCCUGAGCCGGGAGACGCCGAUCGGGGAAUACCUCCUCCCCAAAGACACGGUGGUGAUGGUGAGCAACCACGCGCUCGCCUGGAGCGAGGACUACUUCCCGAACGCCAUGAGUUUCCGCCCGGAGCGCUGGCUGGAGGACCCGCCGGGGACGGUGAAGCCCUUCUCGCACAUCCCAUUCGGCUUCGGGCCUCGCAUGUGCAUCGGCCGCCGCCUGGCCGAGCUGGAGAUCCACCUGGCCCUGGCCACGAUCGUCCAGACGUACAACAUUGUGGCCACGGAUGAUGGCCCCAUCACCGCGCUGCACUCGGGCACCAUGGUUCCGGACAGGAAGAUCCCGGUGGCGUUCGUGAGGAGGAGGAGGUAACCGCAGGCCACCCGCAGCUUCCAGCGCUUCCGCAAACUCCAGUCCCGCGGCGGAGAGCGUCGCUGCGUCGCUGCGUCGCUGCGUCGCUCAUUCCGAGUCUCGGGCCUCCUGGAGGCAGCUCAGGGACCUGUGGACGAGGCCGCCCGUGCAUCGGGGGGUCUCCCGCCACACCAGGGGCCUAUUGGCACACCAAGGGGCCUCCUCCACAUCAAGAGGCCUCCCGCGAGACCAGAGUUGUACCACCACACUAGAGGGCCUAUCAGCACACCAGGGGGCCCCCACCACAACAGGGCGCCCCCACUACACCAGGAGCCCCCACAACACCAGGGCGCCCCCACCACACCAAGGAGCCUAUCGCCACACUAGAGGGCCCACUGCCACACCAAUGGGCAUCCUCCACAUCAAGGGCCCUCCCCCCUCCACACCCCCCCCCCUCCACACCAGGCCCCCCCCCCCCCCUCCACACCAGGAGGCUUACCUCCACACCAGGAGGCUUACCUCCACACCAGGAGGCUUACCGCCACACCAGGGGGCCUGCUGCUCCCAGCCAGCAGCACCGUGGCGGUUGUUGUGGAUCUGCCGGGCGAGGCUGUGUGACGUCGUCAGCGUGCCGGUGUCUCGUGAGCGGCACGUGGCGCGACCCGCGGCUAACCUCAUUCAGACGCCGCACAAACCACUUCCCGUGUUGUAUUAUUGUCGUGGGACAGUUGACGUGAUCAUUAAUGCUGAAGUCGUCCACUUAAUCCAACUGCUCUUGACCGCAGCAGUGACAGCGGCCGGCGGAGCCGUCGUGUUGGGCUCUGUACGUGGGUCAUCGCGGUCCUCUCCAGGACAGUCAUCAAACGUUGUUGUUCGUAAGGACCUCUGAGCGCGCCUUAUCUGCACAAAAUAGUUUUGGAUUAGAUUUGGCCGCGGGUCAGAUUGCGAUAGGAGAGGGCGCGAGUGGCACGGACUCCCCAAUGCCUCCUCUGCGCUCGGGGCCAUCAAUUCAUGACCCCGGGGGGGGGGGGGCAGGGGGGGGGGGGGCUCGACUUUCGCGGAGUCUUCCGUUGCCGUAGUUGUCACCGCCCCCUCCCUCCCCGUUCGCUGCCCCCCCCCCCCCAAGUUGUGAAAUUCUCGGGUCGACUCCCUCCUCCAGGGUGCUCUCUGCGGCGGCCCAGCCCGGUGACUCACGGGGGGGUGGGGGGGUGGGGGGGUCAAGCAGUUCACCCCAGCCUGGGUGCAGCGUGAAACGAAAACACACGGCCGAUGUCCUUGUUGACGGGGAGACAAAACCUCCCGUGGGGACAUCUCAAACACCGGCGCCCCCGCUCGCCCUCCCCGUAUCUGUUUGCGUGAGUGGCCCAGGGAGCGAGAGAGCGACGUGUUUGCGCGGAGCGCGCCCCGUUGAUGAUAGCGCUCCACUGCUGACCUGUGACCCCCCCCCCCCCCCACGAGGCCCUCCUGACACUGCGUGAUUGUCCCUUCCCCGGUGGCGGUGGUGGCGGUGGCGUCACGAGAACUCCCCGAACCCGAUUGCCCCGAGCGGCCCCUUGCGCGCGGCUCAAUGGACACGAUGAAUGUGCGAGCGUGGUGUGUGUGUUAAUGUGUUGUGUGAGCGCGUGUGUGUGGGUGUGACCGUGGUGUGUGUGUGUGUGUGCGUGUGUGUGGGGGCGAGCGCGUAUGUGUGGGUGUGAGCGUGUUGUGUGUGAUAAUGUGUUGUGUGAGCGCGUGUAUGUGUGUGUGAUAAUGUGUGUGAUAAUGUGUGUGAUAAUGUGUGUGUGUGUGAGCGUGUGUGUGUGGGUGUGGUGUGUGUGAGCGCGUGUGUGUGUGAGCGUGGUGUGUGUGUGAUAAUGUGUGUGAGCGCGUGUGUGUGUGUGAGCGUGGUGUGUGUGUGGUGUGUGUGUUAAUGUGUUGUGUGAGCGCGUGUGUGUGUGAACGUGGUGUGUGUGUGUGUGGUGUGUGUGUUAAUGUGUUGUGUGAGUGCGUGUGUGUGUGUGUGAGCGCGGGUGUGUGUAAAUGUGUUGUGUGAGCGCGUGUGUGUGUGAGCGUGUGUGUGUGUGAGCGUGGUGUGUGUGUUAAUGUGUUGUGUGUGCGUGAGCGCGUGUGUGUGUGAUGGUGGUGCGUGUGUUAAUGUGUUGUGUGAGCGUGUGUAAGUGAGACGGGUGUGUGUGUUGUGUAUGUGUUGUUUAAAUUAGGUGUGUUUGUGUGAGCGUGAGCGCGUGAGCGCGUGCGUUUACGCGACGUAAAUCUAACACUAGGUGAACACAAUGUAUGUGCCCAGGUAAGGCCCCCUGCCCUACACAGCUCUUUUUCAGCAGCCACCUGGCCACAGGUGAUAGCCCAACGAAAGUGGCGUAGCGGUCAGCGCUGCGCUGCGUGACGAACCCGGCCACCCGGGUUUGAUUCCAGCUCACGGUCACCACCGGUGAGAAUUAUUCAAACCGGUCCUGGGCCUCCCCUAGGUCGACUCAUCCUCAAAUGAGUACCUGGUGCGGUGUGUAAACAUCGCCACUGGGGAGACAAAGGCGGCCGGGCGUGGGGCUGGCCACCGAACCCCUCGGGUGCCGUGCCGGCCUUCGUAGGCGCUCGCCAAAAGCACUUGCCCCUACAGCCUGUUACAGGCUCUACGGGGGGGAUCUUUGUCUUGUUGUGCGAGUGUGCCGUGUGAGAGUGUUAUGCGAGUGUGUGUUGUGUGUGUGUUGUGUGUGUGUUGUGUGUGUUUUGUGUGUGUGUUGUGUGUGUGUGUUGUGUGUGUGUUGUGUGUGAGUUGUGUGUGAGUUGUGUGUGUGUUGUGUGUGUGUUGUGUGUGUGUUGUGUGUGUGUUGUGUGUGAGUUGUGUGUGUGUUGUGUGUGUGUUGUGUGUGUGUUGAGUGUGUGUUGUGUGUGUGUUGUGUGUGAGUCUUCUGUGUGAUACUGUAAAUCACGCGUGCUGUUGACUGGGCACAAUGGUUAAAAUGCCACCGGCUGUGUGCAUUGACCGUUUACAUGACGUUUCUGUGAUGAUCGGGUCGUUGUGACAAGUCUGACCUUUUGGAAUAAUAAAACCAGGCAGCUGAAACGAA